CCCCCUCACCUCACUGCCAGAAUCCACAUGCCAUAAAUAGCUGCUUCCUGCACUGAUAUGUGGAGUUACUUGUAGUAUCACAAACAACUGGUGCGUGCUUUGUUUGACGGAUCUGCCUGCUUUUAACAACUACACUUCUCAUUUUCUUAAAGCAAGCUUAGUCCCACUCCUAGUGUUGGUGCGAGCCACGUCACAUCCACUCCCAAUGGCGCGACUCUCGCAUGCCGCUAUGCCGCUGUUCGCUGGACGGGUCGUAGCUGGACUGGUGCUUGUCUCGGUCCUGCUCGCCGCGCUUCCCGUCGACGCAGCGCGGGAGAUGCUUCAGGUGAAGCCUAGCGCGAAGCCGACCCGGGCGGAUAUCCUCAAGGAGAUUAAGGUGGCGACGACCGCCGUCAAGAAAGUUCCCGGCUACAAAAGAGUUGCUACCCUACUCCAGGCUGGGAUCCCGCAAGCUUCGCAGAAGUACGACUUCACGGUCAUCUAUAACGGGACGCUAUUGGCGGGUAACGAUGACGCGCUGAAGGUGCUGAUGAAGAAAAUCAACAUCGCAAAACCCGGGGACCUGGACAGGGUCUUCGGGAUGCUGCUACAAAUGACCCUCAAGGGCAACUAUUCCGACGCCACUCUAACGAAGAAACCCAUGAUUAUUUUCCCGACGAAUGGGCCGAAGCCUCUCCGGAAGAUGACCGCGCGCAAUGCGGCCACGACGACGUUCGGGAUCCCCGGGACUGCCGCGGCCACGUGGGCGACGAUUAUCACCCCAAAGCUAUACGUUGGGAAGUGGUUCACCGUGCAUGGGGUAAACUACUUCAUUCUUUAAGUUCACCUACUUCCAGGAAGUUCAAGUCUUCCAGGAACCAGCCAGGAGUGGGGGAGGUUUUGGGGGAGGUUUUGGGGAAUGCGGCUUGAUAGUGGCUCAGUAGUUUUGGCAAAUGGGCAUAAUAAGGGCGCUUUUGCGUUCCUCUGGCGUAUGUUUCUUGGCUAAUCUUGGUGCGUAUAUUUAAUUUUGCAUGCACAAGCUGAGUUGAUGGUAAUCAAAUGUGGGAAACCGUGAAACUAAUGUGAGUGAACAUACGAGAUAGAUGCAAGUGUAAUCUCUUUUUUUUCCGAUAUUAUA